CCAACGAUAGCUGCUCCAACGUCCCAAACUGCGCCCUGAAGUGCCGUAUGGGUUCCAGACAGUGCAAGGAUGGGAGAGAGUGUGUCCUGCAUAGCCAUGUUUGUGAUGGAGAGGAGGAUUGUAAGGAUGGAUCAGAUGAACAGGACUGUGGUGAAUCUCCAGUUCCACUUACUACAGCUUAUUUGGCUCCAACUACAACCGUUCCAGAUAUUCUUCCUGCUCAGCCAGUCUGUACCAGUCCAUCAGUGAGGUGUCGGGGCUCUACUUUGUGCAUCUCCCAAACUCAGCUGUGUGACACAUUGAGAGACUGCCCUGAUGGUUUUGAUGAGGAGUCCUGCAUUACUAAAUGUCCAAACCGAGGUGAGUUCCGGUGUAAGGACAGGAGGAAAUGUAUUGAGAGGAGUCUGGUUUGUGAUGGACGCGCUCAUUGCCAUGAUGGCUCAGAUGAGAUUGGCUGUCCAACGAUAGCUGCUCCAACAUCCCAAACUGCGCCCCUGAAGUGCCGUAUGGGUUCCAGACUGUGCAAGGAUGGUAGAGAGUGUGUCCUGCACAGCCAUGUUUGUGAUGGAGAAGUGGACUGUAAGGAUGGAUCAGAUGAACAGGACUGUGAGCUCCUCUGCAAAGCAGGUCAGUUCCAGUGUGCUCAUGGGAAGAAGUGUAUCGACCAGCAGCAGAUGUGUGAUGGGAAGGCACAGUGCCAGGACCGUUCUGAUGAAAUGGACUGCUUCAAGCCCACCAAGAGCUGCAGACAUCGCUGUGACAACAAUAGCCGCUGUAUCCCAGAAACCUUCCUCUGUGACGGAGAGAGAGACUGUUCGGAUGGCUCUGAUGAGGAAGGCUGUGAUUCUAACAAGGCCCUUCCUCCUGUCCUGCCAACUCUGGCUCAGACCUGUACUAGUCCAUCAGUGAGGUGUCGGGGCUCAACUUUGUGCAUCUCCCAAACUCAGCUGUGUGACACAUUGAAAGACUGCCCUGAUGGUUUUGAUGAGGAGUCCUGCAUUACUAAAUGCCCAAACCGAGGUGAGUUCCGGUGUAACGACAGGAGGAAAUGUAUUGAUAGGAGCCUCGUUUGUGAUGGACGCGCUCAUUGCCAUGAUGGCUCAGAUGAGAUUGGCUGUCCAACGAUAGCUGCUCCAACGUCCCAAACUGUGCCCCUGAAGUGCCGUAUGGGUUCCAGACUGUGCAAGGAUGGUAGAGAGUGUGUCCUGCACAGCCAUGUUUGUGAUGGAGAAGUGGACUGUAAGGAUGGAUCAGAUGAACAGGACUGUGAGCUCCUCUGCAAAGCAGGUCAGUUCCAGUGUGCUCAUGGGAAGAAGUGUAUCGACCAGCAGCAGGUGUGUGAUGGGAAGGCCCAGUGCCAGGACCGUUCUGAUGAAAUAGACUGCUUCAAGCCCACCAAGAGCUGCAGUCAUCGCUGUGACAACAAUAGCCGCUGUAUCCCAGAAACCUUCCUCUGUGACGGAGAGAGAGACUGUUCGGACGGCUCUGAUGAGGAAUACUGUGUGGCAAAGCUUUGUGGCCAGCAGCAGUAUCAGUGCAGUAAUGGUCAGUGUGUGUCUGAGGCUCUCCGUUGUGACGGCCAUGCUGACUGCGGAGACCAUUCUGACGAGGUGGGCUGUGCCAAACCCCCCCACUGUCCCCCGGAGCGCCGCUGCCCAAACAGCCACGAAUGUCUUGUGGAGGAAUGGCUGUGUGAUGGGGAACAGGACUGCCGGGACGGUUCAGACGAGAUGAACUGUAAGGUGUCUCCAGUGACGUGUGGGGAGUUCCAGUGGAGCUGUGUCUCUAAGACCCAGUGUAUCCCUGCAACCUGGAGGUGUGAUGGACAGAAAGACUGUGAGGACUACAGUGACGAGGCCGGAUGUGACCAGUUGAAGUGCUCCAACCAGCUUUACCAGUGUGGUAGUGGAGAGUGUGUGGACCAUUCCCUGCUCUGUGACCAAAUCAUCAACUGUCCUGAUGGAUCUGACGAGGGGCACGGUUGUUCCACCAAUAACUGCUCCAGCCCUGGGACCCCCCAAUGUGACCAGCACUGUGUCAGCACCCCUUACGGACCGAGGUGCAUCUGUGCUGCAGGCUUCCGGCUCCAGGCUAACGGUUUGUCCUGUGUGGAUGUUGACGAGUGUAAUGAGGUCCUACCACCUGUCUGCAGCCACACCUGCCUUAACACCCGCGGCUCCUUCCUGUGUCGCUGUCACCAUGGAUAUCUGCUGGAACCAAAUGGUCACAGCUGCAAGACCCAAGAUGAGGCUCACCUGCUGGCAUCUGUUCAGAAUGAGAUGCUGGUGUUGGGGUUGCAUAGCUCCAGCCUUUCAUUGCUCUCCACUAGUCAGACACCUGUGUUCUGUGUGGAUUAUGACUGGAGAGACCAGAGGGUAUACUGGGUCAGUCUGGAGGAGGAGAGCAUCAAGUGGACUUCCAUCAACACCAAGGACACAGGCACUCUGGUCAAAGGUGUGAAGUCUAAUUCUAUAGCUGUGGACUGGGUUGGCAGGAACCUGUACUGGCUGGAUGGGCUGGCCAGUCAGAUUCUGGCUGUGAGGCUGGGCUCAUCUACAGUAAAGUCUCAGAACUACAUAGUGGUUCUGGAUGAGGAUCUGGAGCAGCCUCGCUCACUACUGCUGCUGCCAAACAAAGGGUUGAUGUAUUGGUCAGAGGUUGGUAGCAAUCCCCAGAUAGAGCGGUCAGGGAUGGAUGGCUCUGAGAGGAAGGUGGUGUUGACUCGUGGUCUCGGCUGGCCAGUCAGUCUCUCUGUGGACACUCUCACUGACCGAAUCUACUGGGCAGAUGAAAAACUGCAGUGCAUCGGCUCUGUAUCCCUGGAAGGACACAAUGUCAGGCUUCUGCAGCUGACUGAAAUGCCCAGUCCAUUCUCUGUAAUGGUUUUCAAUGACAUGGUAUACUGGUCUGACACCAAGAGGAGAACUAUUCAAGUAUCCCACAAGAACACGGGCAAGAACCGCAAAGUUUUACUCAAAAGACCUGGACAGCCUUUUGGCAUCAGGAUUAUGCACCCCCUCCGGCAGACCAACGUGUCCAGCCCCUGUGAGAAGCUCCAGUGUUCCCACAUCUGUCUCUUGGCUCCAGGACUGUCGACAGGCCCCAGAGCUGGGUCUACGGGACCCAAAGCUGUGUGUAGAUGUGCAGCAGGGCUUCUCCUGGCUGGGGACGGCCUCACCUGCUCCACCCUUGUAGACACCACCUUCCUCUUACUCCUCUCUCCUACUGCAGUUACACAGAUAUACCUUAGCACCAUCCAUAAUGGUGUGGGGUUGAAGCGGUUGCCUGAGCACCAUAUAUGGUCUCUGCCAUGGGUGUACCAGGCCUCGUGGCUGGAUUUGGCUGUACAGGAGAGGAAUUUAUACCUGGCUGAUGCUGCCCAGGGCUCAGUCGAUCUCCUGAAACUGAGUAGCUCAGGCCUGACACCAGACAGCAGAGUCCUGAAUCUCCAGGAUGAUACAGUGAUGUCUCUGGCUGUGGACUGGGUCACACUUAACUUGUACUGGAGCAGCAGGAAGCAGCCUGACCUACAUGUCACCACCACCAGGGGGCAGCACACUGCACCUCUACUCCAACUAGGCCUUCAGGGAACCACCUCCAUCGCCCUGCACCCCCCCUCAGGACGCCUGUGCUUCACGGUCUUGGGCCAGGUGAAUGUGAGGAGCCUGCCGCAGGUGGACUGUGCCUUCAUGGAUGGACGUAGUCAGAAGCUGCUCUGGAGGAAGGCUGUGAUGCCAACCUCCCUUCUGUUCUCCAACAAGGGCACUCGGCUGUAUUGGGCUGACAUAGGUGCUGGAGUAAUCGACUCCAUUCUUCUGGAUGGUUCUAGAUAUAAACAGUUUAAAGCAGAUCCCGGCCUCAUGUCCUUCACACUGGCUGAGAACGUCCUCCUGUGGAGCAGCCUGGAUAAAGAUGUGACUAGAAUCUGGUUCAGUGAUGGAUUUCAGCCCAAACAGCUGUGGUUUGAGGUCAAUACCAAUGUAGUGGCACUGAGGGUUUACAGCAAGACCAGUCAGAAAGGAACGAACAGCUGCUCAGAGCGGAACGGAGGCUGCAGUCAGCUGUGCCUGGCCUACCCAGGGGGGCGUAGCUGCCGAUGUGGACGUGGUUACCAACCUGUCGACACCAAAACGUGUAGCCCCUUCCCCUCCCUCCAGUGUCCAGAGGGCAGCAGGGCCUGUAGCGACGGCAGCAGGUGCCUCCCCCUCACAAAGUUCUGUAACCACCAAACCGACUGCCUCGACCAUUCAGACGAGAUCAAAUGUUGGUCUGGAGUGAAUCCCCAAGAUGUCAGCCAUAGUAAACCUUCCCCGGGGCAUGCUGGGAACACCAUCCCCCCUAGCCAGGACUGGUCUGGGAGGACCACCCCCGGGGGGGUAGAGGUGCAGAAGCUGGACUCUGAGUCAUGUGAUGCCCAGCAGUGUAAUGGACAUGGGAAAUGUGUGACAAGGGGUGGAGAAACCACCUGCCAGUGUGUUCUGGGAUACCAUGGUGUGUUCUGUGAGGAGGGUGAGGGUCCAGGGGUCAGUAAUGCCCCCCUCACUUUGGGCAUCCUCAGCCUCAUUGGUGGGGUCCUCAUCGCUGCUGUCAUCAUCAGGAAGAGCAGAGCAAGAGCUGCAGCUCGGGGCCAGUCCACAGACAAGGAGACUCUGAUGACCAAUAUGGAUGAACAGACAGUCUAUGCUGUGUCUUUCAACAACGAUCUGUAUGAUCCUGACCAGGAAUUGAUCUCGUCUGCUAAUGGGACAUCUCAACAUCUGUAAAUGUUGUCUUUUCUCUUCUGCUCUGAAAUAAAGUCUAAGAUGUUGAA